AUGAACAGAAUGCAUGAUAAUCAACGGGAGUGGGAUGACGAAACGGUUUAUUUUUAUCCCCCACGAACCGUUCCACCCGCAAUUAAUAAAUACACCAGACUGAUUUCAGAUCUCUUGCAAAAUAUCCCCAUUACUGACGCUCUCCCUGGAGGUGCUCCCAUGGCCAUUGCCCUCUGUGAGGAUGCAAAGAAGGUGCUCGAGAAGGAGAGUGUCGUGCUAGAUAUUGAUGUCACUGAAAAGGAUAACCUGAUUAUUGUUGGCGACAUCCAUGGUCAGUUUGCAGACCUCUUACAAAACGUACUAUCGAUGCAGUUAGUGCAGCAAGAGGAGGACUGUAUUCCCAGUAGGCCUUUGGGCUCAGUUUAUAAGUUUUUAUUUUUGGGCGACUACGUGGAUCGUGGCCCACGCAGUGUUGAAGUAAUCACUCUUUUGCUUGCGUUAAAGAUAGAGUACCCUACUCAUGUUUUGCUUCUUCGUGGAAAUCACGAGGAGGCACAGACGUCUCGCAUGUACGGGUUUUUUCAAGAAUGUCGUGUAAAAUUGGAAGGAAAUGGUGAGAGGGUAGGUGGUGGUUGUACGAGUAUGUCAAGCAGUGCAUGGCUGCAGUACAAUAUGGUGUUUUGUUGGUUGCCUCUCGCAGCUGUCGUCCAAUGUCCCUCUGGCAUGUUUUUUUGCGCACAUGGUGGCCUCAGUCCCCAAACUAAGACGAUUGUCGGUUUGAAAUCCAUUUGUCGCAACGAGUAUGGUCAGUCGUUAGGAACUUCUUCAGGCUUUUACUUUCCCUCUCCCACGAAUGACAACGACACGGAGUUGUCUGUUGCUGACGAGCGCAAUAUAGUCGAUGGCCUGCUGUGGUCCGACCCCGAUGAUGAUGUCUACGGCUUCCAAGUCAAUCACAGGGGAUGCGGGUUCAUCUUUGGGCCUGAUGUCACAAGGGCGUUUCUCGACCGCAACUACGGCUAUUCCUUCAAUUCCAGGCUGCCGGGUCAGAGGAGAGAGGGAAUGCAGUUUAUUGUUCGGGCCCAUCAGUGUGUUGAGGAUGGCUAUCAUUGGGCCCACGGGGGUCUUGUGCUCACCCUCUUUUCCGCCCCCAAUUACUGUGGCAUGAAUAACAAGGGGGCUUUUGCCGUGCUACGCGGUCGAGCAAAUGUGGGAGAGGACCGCGUCUUGUUUGAAUACAAGGUCUACGACAUUGCCCCGAGGUCGCCCAACGAAAUGGGAACCAGACUGCACGCUUCAUGUGAUGCGGCUUCUAGUGCAGCGCGGCGGGUAAACGGAUCGCUGCAUGGGGGCUAUUUUGAUGAUAGUGAAUAG